AUGCAAGAUCGAUACAUAGCUUUGCAAAUGGCACCGGGAAGCACUGAUCAAAUCAAGGGGAGCUUCCACCAUCCAGGCCGCAAAGAUAUCCAGACCGCGGCUUCCAUACCUCCAAUUUCAAUGAUACCUUGUUUCUGUGCCAAAGCAACGUAUAUUUGCGGGCAGCGGCGAUGCCUGGGCUGUGGCACUUCAUGCCGAGCGGAGUUAAUUGCUCGAGCAUUACAUAAGAAUCGGAGCGUCACGUGUAUGGGGCAAACCUUUCACUCGACCAUGUCCAACAUUUUCCUCCAUACUAGCUCUCAGCUUCGUGUGGGCCUACCAACAGUAAAGCCUUUGCCUCCCAAUCCCCUCAUCCGGGCAGAACCCGCUGAUGAUGCCUUGGCUCGUGCUCUGGCACCUCCGUCCGAGACUGCGCAAACGGACAGCGACGUGUCCCCGGAAGUUCCAUCGCAGAAGGAACUACGACAACAGCUCCUUGCCUGUGAUCAGCGCUCUUUUCUCACUGGAUCUGCAGUCGCCGAUCUUCAGGCUGCGCAUAUCAUCAAUGCUGUUCGAAAAUCAAGUCAUCAGAUGCGUAAGGAGCAGGUGCAACAAUUACUGAGCCGGCAGCGUCUACAUACUCCCCGCGAGGCCAGUUUUCUUUUGGACGGUCCCAGCAAUGCGAUUCUCUUGGAACCAGGGCUUCACUUUCAAUGGGAUACUUACGGAACAUUCUGCUUUGUUCCAGCCAAGCCUGAUGCGGACGCUAUACUCGAUGCGCUGCGUCGGUCCAACCAAGACUGGCAGGAACUUUACAAAGCAACUCGCGGUAUACCAGCCAGGCCUUUGGAUAUAACAGCGCCACCUUUUGGCAAUCCGCAUUGGGACAUCAUCAUCCUUCAUCCGCACGCACUGCUCCCAGAUGGUCAGCCGAUUUUAAUCUCCCAAAGCCGGACCUUUUACCUUCCAGGGCAGCCGGUACCAGAACCUGAAUUGUCAUGGGAAAGGUGGAUUUCUUUGGGUGAUCAGCUUUGUUCAAUGUCUGAGCCCCAUGAGCCUUUCCCUCCCUUCACUGCCCAGGAUGUGCGCAAGCAUUUCCGCCGCCCCAGUAUUUGCUCUCUCGCCAUGAUCAUCAACGCGCAUUGGAAAUUGGACCACUUCAUGGGGAAGCACAGUCUUUCCGCUACACCCCGUGUUAGAAGUAUGGCAGCGCUGAUGUCCGAUCUUGUUGCAGAGAUAUUUUAUGUGCCUCCUGGAUACCCUUCCAGCGUUUUGCUUGACACUGUUGCACACGGACAUUUGGGGACAGCAUCAACAGAACAGUCUUUGGGUGCAGGACAUGCAAUGAUGGUGGAUCCCCCUGGCCAAACUUCAGCACCAUCAAGUGGAAGUAGAUAUUCUGGUGCAUUGGACUUGGAGGCUCCAGAAGCCCCUGAAGAUGCGGAUGAAGAUGGCUUAACUAACACUGAGUUCCAACUACUUUCAGCACAAGCACAAGAUCCUGUGCUUGACAGCAAGCAGCGUGCUAAUGCAGCAAUGAUGAUGCUCUUUGGUGUAUGUUCACCUGCAAACCCCUAUGCUGAGAGAAUGCAAGCAAUGCAAGCUUUCAAUGAUGUGCCAGGAUAUGGUGGUGCAGUGGAUACAAAUUUGAUCAGUGCUGAUGCAUGA